AUGUCUCUCAGACUCCCCUCUUCUCACGGGCAGGCGAAUGGCCAGAAUGGUGCCAACGGACUCAACAUGACUUUCUCACCGCCGUCAUCACCUCAGACCCUUUUCCGCUCCAAAGGCCGUCUCCCGUCUUUUACUUCCUCCCGUGCGACCAGCGGCAAUUUCAGCUCAAUGCGAUCCCCUACCAAGCGCAUGACCGGUACCAACAACUACCAGAAUUCGAUUGUCCAAGACUCCGCUGCCUCUCUGAAGAAGAGAAGUUUGGCAGAGCUUGGCGUCGGCGCGUACCAGAACAUUAGCGACGUCUCUUAUGUUUCGUUCCUUGAAUGGAUCCGAUCCGAGCGUCUGACCACCCUUCCCCACAAGGGCAGUCGCUGGGAUAAAGUUCUCAUCCGUGCACUCUACUUUGCAGAGCAGUUGCACAACUUCGAGCAAGCUAUCCAGCCCUUUGCGCAGGAUAGCAGCUAUGCAGCCAGCGUUGGCUAUGGCCACGCUCAAUUACUUCUUGAGCUCAGUCACCACAACUCGGCAGCUCUUGACAAGGCAUUUUCCGUCUUUUACAAGUUUGCCAUGUCGUUCCAUUCAGUUUUGCACCGCUCGGAACUAUUGGCAGCAAGCUCGGAAAUUCGCGAGCAAAUCUGCCUCUUGUACACUGACCUCAUCGCCCUGGUGGUUGAUGUUGCGGUCAAAUUCUACAAGACAGUCAAGGGCAUGACGCCUGGCUCCACGAGUCUCGACAUCUUUGAACUUUUCGGCGAAACCAUUGAGACGUUCCGUACGCGACAGAACACUGUGAUUGAAUUGAUUUGGCAAUCACAGAUCGAGAACGAGGAGUUUGAGGAUGGUGAAGCUAUUGAUGUCCAGCAUUUGAGCCGAUGGUUGGCGUCACAGGAUCGUGUGAUUGCCGCGAUCACUCGUGACCAUGAGACUUAUGUGGACAACCAAGCGGAGUUCACUUGUCUGUGGUUCAACAAGCAUAUGACCAAGUUCUUCCAGAGCGAAAACCGCGUCUUCCUCGUCACUGGUCAGUCCGGUGCUGGAAAGACGACACUUGCUGGAUCCAUCGUCGAGCGCUUGCAGCGUCCCAUGAACCGCAAGCAGUAUGACACACUCUUUUGCUCGCUAUCUCCUGACAUUCCAACUGCUGCAACAUCGUUGUCAGUCGUGAAGUCGCUGUUGUUCCAGUUGCUCAACCUUCGCGUUGGUAACAUGGAGACAUACUACGCCCUUUUCAGGGCCUAUCACCAAUGCCGAAGCUCGGAGGACCUCAAGAAUUACGAAGAGUGCCUCUGGAAGGCAUUGGCCGAUGCGCUCGAGCACCCUGUUGCUGGAAGCAACGAACUGGUCAUGGUUGUUGAUGGUCUUGAUGAGAUCGCUGAGUCCCAGAGCGCUUCGAUUCAGGCCAGCGGUGCCUUCAGCCCUGCUGAUCUGCUCGCGAAGCUGGUCCAAGUCACCCAACAAGGCAAUGGUGUUCGACUGAUCACGUUGUCAUCGUCUAUGAAGAUGCCCACUUCAGCCAAGGGCUCUCAACAUCAGAUUACACGAGAAGAUGUUAGAGACGAUCUCCACGCAGUGGCGCUACGUUCCUUGAUCCACAACCAUCACUUCCAUGGCCAACGUCCUCUCGACCAGGAACAGCUACUCGACCGUAUCAUUCGAAUGGCAAACGGCUCUUUCUUGCAUCUCACAUUGGCUUGUGAUAUGCUGAACGCGCAAAAAUCCCCAGAUGCCUUCAACAAGAUGCUGGAGAACUUUGAGUCCACCAAAAUCUCGGUUCAGGAUCUCAUUCUCAAGCUGUUCAACAUGCUCAACCCAGCAAAUGACGCAAAGACUUUGCUCUCCUGGGUCUUGGCUGCCGAGCGACCCCUCACUCUCGAUGAAAUUCACACCUUGUUUUCUGUGGAUGUCCAGCGUGGCACCAUUUCCGACAAGGGUGUGAACGCCAACGAGACCUUCAAGACCCUCGAGCCGCUGUUCACAUUGCACCAGCGUAUCGUUCGGUUCAAGCAUCCCGUCAUUCACUCGACUCUGCACGACUUUGCCGUCACUGGCAAGAUCCCUGUUCCUCUGCAAGACAGCGAGACCGACAUGCUCCUCAGGGUAUUGACUUACACCAAGUUCGUCUUGAAGGAUACCAAGGCUGAGCCAACAUUCGACACCUCCGAGACGACCACUCCGGACAGGCUAUUCAGGAAGCAUCAAUUCCUCGAGUACGCUGUGCGAUACUGGGUGCUGCACCUACAGCAGUCUCCUUUGGCACCCAAGUCAACCGGAGAAUUCAAGCCCACCGGCGAUCUCCAGAAGGUGUUCCCCGAGACUACGAUGUUCCCUAUUUUGGAGUCGUACUGUUGGGGUACUCAGCUUCCCGUCCCCCAGGCGUUGGAGUUGCAGAAGCUUGGACUUACAAUCCGCCAAACCAUCUUCACACGCAAGCAUCCUUCUGUGCUCCAGACCUACCUGUCGAUCGCUACAAGCUACAUGCUCGUAUCCAACACCACGGAGGCAACUAAGUACCUCUACCUCUGCACCAUUGUCGGCAAAGAGGUAUUGUCGCCUAUCCAUCCCCUCACGUUGGAAUGCGCCAAUCAAUUCCUGAAGAUAUCAGAGACUCAGACUUCCACCACGCGCACAGACAUUAUGACACACCGCGAGCAGGUGCUUACUGUGCUCAUCACUGCGUAUGAGACCCAGUAUGGUAGCAACUCUGAGGUGGUCAUUGAGACCCAGAAACUUCUCGCGCAACUCUACACGUCCAUCAACGAACACGAUCGCGCGAAGGAGAUCUGGCAUCUCAUCCAGGAUUCAACCGGUGACAACUGGGGUCAUGCCUCAUACCGUUCGAACCACGACAUGCGCGAUGAGAUUCAAAUCAAGACUGGCAUGGGUAAAGGCGAUCGCGAGAUUGAUAGCUAUGAUCAGUCGUGGUUCCACGAUGGCGCACAUGGUGGAGAGGAGAACGUCGAUGUUCUUACCAUUGCCUCGAUCAACACUCAGCUCGAUCGCAUCCAGGAGCAUCUCCACCGCAAGGAGUUCGCCACUGUAGAGAAGUUGUACGUCGAGCUCUGGAUGGAGGUCUCAUCCAAGUGCCGCAGUGUGCUUGCUGUGGAGUGGCAUGAGAAGAACAUUGCCAUCGCCACUUCUUACGCCCAGUUUUUGAAGAACCAGAAGCGAACCAGCGAGUCUACUUCAAUCCUCACAUCGGUGUGGCAGCAGUAUGAGUCCCAUCAACUGUCGUUUGCUGAGACCAUUGUCUCUCAACUCACCACUGUUGCAAAGGAGAUGCGCAGCAUGAAGGCUCAUGUCCAAGCACUUGCAAUCUUCAAGUUUGCAAGCUCCUAUUACCAGAGCAUCCACCGCGAGGAGUCCCAUGCUUCGCUCGAGAUUAGCAAGCAACUUUCGCAGACAUCUACCGAGCUUGUCCAGGAAAGUCUGAACAGCUCCAGCUCUGUUACCGAGACCACGACUACAACGUCCGAAUCUGUCUUCCAAGAUGUGUUCUUUACGACCAUUUCGUCCUCGGCCACGGUUGAGUCUAGCACCAUCGCCCUUGCUAAGAAGCUGACUGCUCAAUACAUGGCAAAGAAGGACUACACAGCAGCCAUCAACGUCAUCCAUGCUACUCUGCAGCGCACCUGGUCUUCCUUCCUCGCCAGCUCCAUCCACGAUGUCACCAUGGCUACAUCCUUCACGCAAGAGUCAAUCGAGCUGGUCGAACAACUUGCACAAUGCUACUUGCAAAUGCGCAAGCGGGACCAGGUAGAGGAUGUCUACAACCGGUUCUUCCGUGCCGUGCUUGUUACCGAGAAGGUUGAUAAGGUUACUUUCGACAAGUCGAAGAACCUGCUUAUCAACUUUUACGACAAGUAUGGCUACGCGGACAAGGCUAUCAGCAUCUUCCAGGAGAUUCUUGUGGUAUACCGUUCCAGACUCGGCCACACCAACGAGCUCACCAUCAGCACUCUCUACGAGCUAGCCCAGAGAUGCCGCAGCCAUCCCCGAAACCAUGCAUACUGGUUGGACUACUACCUGCAGAUUAUCACGGCCCUCAACAAGGACUCUGAGCUCUGCCACAAGGAUGCUUUGGACGCCAUGAAUGUUGUCACUGUCACAUACUGGGAAGACCGCCGCUAUGCUGAAGCCGUUACCUUCUACAAGGUACUCUGGACUACCUUUGUUCGCCAAACCAAGCAGCACAAGGUCUUUACGGAUGUCAAGUUCAUCGAGGAGCUGUACGACCGCUACUACCAGUGCCUUGAGGAGACCAAGGCUAGCUGGUCUGACCUCCACAAGGUUACUAAGGAGUACCGUGAGACUGCCACUGCCACCUUUGGCGCCGAGUCGUCCAUUGCAGUAAACGCAACGCUCGCACUGGCAAAGGUUUCGGAGAGCAGCGAGGCACAUCUGUCCGAGGCUAUCGCACUGUACCAGGCCGUCUCCCAAUCAGGCAAGCAGGUGACAACCACCACUACCACCACAGAGAUCAACCAGGCACUCUCUUCUCUCUACCACAAGCAGAUGCAUUCUUCGUCUUCUAGCAACAUGAAGGCCGAGAUUGUACAGAGCGCCUUGGCCAUGACGCAGUCGAACUUCCAGGACUCAUACCAGAAGUAUGGCUACUGCCACGAGUCCUCGCUCACUAGUUUGAGGGAGAUGGCAAACUUGUACAAACGCCAGCAAAAGACUGACGUUGCUACCAAGCAAAUAUCCAAAGCGGCAUCGGAGAUUGUAUCCAAGGAGAACUCGUCGCAGAAGUUGAUCGAAUCGGCUGCUUCUAUCGCGUCGACCUUUACCGCUAUUGAGCAGUCCAGCGCUGCCCAUAGUUUGGCACAAGAAAUGCACCGCCAGAUUUGCGCCAAGGACACUCGCAACGCAUCAAAGUGGUCUUUCGAUCUUACAAAGUGCAACCGCACUUCGCUCGCCUUCCUUGCGUCUCUUCAGUACAACCUCCGCAAGGACCUGAGCAUCAGCUUCUCGGAGAUCUACGCCGAGCUCACCAUGGAGUACAUGUACUGGAUGCAGUUCCACGAGACUUUGACCAAGAAGGAGGCCAGUCUCACCGAAGUGCUUCGUGCUGCUGCUCCUCUCCGUUUCCUCUUGCGCCGCAACGACCAGAAGGAGAUGAUGAGUGUGGUCGAGGAGCACUCGGUCCAAGCGGUUGGCAGCUUUGUCAAGCGUGAGGGUCAAGACCUCAAGGACUUCCACCAGAACUCGCCACGCAUCUUCAUCAUUGGCAUUCUGGAUCGUCUGGGCAACGGCCGCAACAAGGACUUUGUCCGCUCCGUCAUCCUCUCCAGCAACGAGAACAUCUCUAGGCUCACAAAGGAGAAGAAGUUCCAGGAAGCGUACGAUGUUGCCAAUCUCAGCUUCAUGUUCGCCAACAGGAACGACGUCUACAAGGGCGCACCAGCCAUCAGCAUGGGCUUCCAGCUUGCAUCUCUCCUUGCCGGCCGCGACGGCGAGAAGUGUACCGACGCCGCUUUCCGCAAGAAGAUGCUGGACCUCUCCAACCGCAUUGUCAAGAAGGUCCUCGACAUCGCCAAGGAGCUCAAGCUAAACUUUGCCCGCGUCCAACUGUACGAGCUGAGCCAUCUCUCUGCUCUCCUCGGGGAGCAGCAAGACUACGAGACACUCGAAUGGCUCCUCACCAAACUCUGGUCUACCCGCGACGCCCAACGCUCCUGGCCCGCCGAAGUCCUCCUCAACCUCGGCCGUCGCCUCAUCUGCGCCCGCUACGCCGCCGGCCACCCGAUCAAAGCCAUCCGUCUGGCCGAAGACAUUGCCUACAACAUGCGUCGUGCCCACGGGCCCCGCGCCCCCGUCACGAUCGAGACGUACGAGCUGCUCGCCCAGCUGUACACGUCGACGGGCCAGACCUACCAGGCACAAGCGGCCAAGGGCGAGAAGACCGCAGGCAUGGCAACCGACUACUUCAAGAAAGCCAUCCUUGUCCACGAAGACAUUCUCCGCGUACUUGUCAGCAACCAAGAUCACGCAUCGCCCGCGCACGCCGACGACGAUGAUGACGACGACAUGGACACUACCGCGCGCCUCCUCGCCCGCGAAGGCGUAAACGUAAAGGUUGACCCAAACGUGCCCGGAAGUCCAACUGCCGUUCUCGAUUCAAGCACGCUCGACAAGUCCGCCACAGCGCUCAAGCACCUGCAUCUACUCAAGCUGGCGUACCAGCGCUACGGCGGCUGGCCCAAGAGCUACGACGAGUACGAGCAUUUGAACGCCCAGCUCUUCCGCGUCUUUGGCGGCGAGAGCAAGUGGAAGGGUGUUGAGGGAACUGAGAAGUGGGAUGCCAAGGGCUUUGGUAGCGGCAAGGCUGAGAGCCAGGAGGGUGGAUUCAGGGGCGUGCAGGAUUGGAGCUUUGGGGCUAGGGAGGUGUUGACGAGUGGGAGUGCUUUUGAGGGCAGACAGCAGCAGCAGAUGAUUCAGAAUGGUGGACAUCAGCAUGGGCUUCAGCAGAAUGCGCAGAACGGUGUUGCGGUUCAGGUACGAUAA